CGCAGGAUCACUCCCGUAAAGGAAAAAUGGCGUUGGACAAGGUCCACCCAUCAUUGAAGCUCUAUACAAGCAAUGACUUCUUCUACCUCGUCCCGAAUGAUCGCUCGGAUAUUCUGAGAAUUGAUCGCGUGAGCCAUGAUAUACAAUUGAUAAAUGGAGCAGAGCCGCUGCCACCCACCGAGGAUGUACAGGAUACGUAUGGCCUCUUUGGAAUCAUUCGCCUGCUCGCAGGUCCGUAUAUGGUCAUCAUCACAGGUAGACGGCGGGUAGGCACUAUCUGUGGUCAUGAUGUCUGGAAGAUCACGAGCACAGAUGUUGUCUCAUUCGCCAGGGGAACACGCCAUCUCACAGAUCUUCAGGAGCGACACAAUCGAGAAUAUCUGGCAAUGGUGCACACGGUACUGGCCACCGAUGGCUUCUACUACAGCACAACGUACGACGUAACACAUCGGUCCCAACAGCUCUACAACACCAGUCCAGAAUUUGCUCAAAUGCCUUUGCACGAACGCGCUGACCAGCGAUUUGUCUGGAACACCCAUCUACUACGCGAUCUCUCUGUAGAGCCUGAUAUGCAUAGAUUCGCAAUACCAAUUCUCCAUGGAUUCAUUACUAUCAGUGAGUGCACUAUCAAUCAGAAGGCAUUCACGUUUGCGCUGAUAUCCAGACGAAGCACCUACCGUGCUGGCACAAGGUUCUUUGUUCGUGGCGUGGAUCGCGACGGGCAUGCGGCAAACUUCGUCGAAACCGAACAGCUGGUCACUCACGGCAAGGCCAUUGCCUCCUUUGUCCAGAUCCGCGGCUCCAUUCCACUGUUCUGGUCACAGCGACCGUCCUUGCAGUACGCACCACCGCCCAAGCUUGUCAACACCGAGUUGCAGAAAGAGGCGUUUCGGCGGCAUUGUGAAACACAGGAGGUUCAGUAUGGCUACCAAGUCCUUGUUAAUCUGAUCAAUCAGCGAGGUAGAGAGAAGCCGCUCGCAGACGCGUUUGAUGCUCAUGUCUCCCUGAUGAGCAAUCCGAGAGUCAAGUACGAUGCGUUUGACUUCCACCACGAAUGCCGCAACAUGCAGUGGCAGAAUCUGGAUAAACUCAUCACUCGCCUAAGACCGGAGCACAAGCAAUUUGGUUAUUUUGCUAUUGAUGCAGAGGACAUGGUGACGCGGCGUCAGGAGGGUGUGUUUCGUACUAACUGUAUUGACUGUUUGGACAGAACGAAUGUUGUUCAAAGCAUGCUGGCGAGAAUAACACUGAAUGAGCAACUUCAGGAUAUGGGCAUUCUACGCACCGGCGAGGCCACCGAGCUGCAUGCUAACUUUGAAAAGCUUUUCAAGAAUGUGUGGGCUGAUAAUGCUGAUGCCUGCUCAGUACAGUACUCUGGCACCGGGGCACUCAAGACCGACUUCACCAGAACGGGUAAGCGCACUAUAUUCGGGUUGAUGAGGGAUGGCUGGAACAGCAUGGUUCGCUACUACAAAAACAACUUUGCAGAUGGCUUCCGACAGGACGCGAUUGAUCUGUUCUUGGGCAAUCAUGUUGUAGAACUGGCUGAAGGAGCCAGUUUGCCAUCACCGCUAGAGAGGAAGUACAGCUGGAGAUAUCGGGUGCUGCCACUGGUACUGCUAUUUGUCUUCAGCAUGUUGAUCUUCUGCAUGAUCAUCCCUGCCACGAGUCUUCGCGCCCAGUUUAUCUACUGCGGUUUCUGGAUUAUGGCUAUCAUGUUCACGCUCUUCUUCAUGUACAAAACCGGGCCAGACUUUGUCAAUCAGCCCCGCCUGCGUGCCAAGGACAAGAAUGUCUAGAUGUGCUCUCUGCAUGUGUGUGUGUGUGUGUGUGUGUGUGUGUGUGUGUGUGUGUGUGCGUGCGCGCGCGCGCGCGAGCGUGUGUGUGUGUGUUGUGUGUGUGUGGUGUGUGCGUAUGCAUGCAUACUUUUCGUAUCUGUGUACACCUUUCCUAGCCACAGAAGGUUUUGAGGUGUUCAACUUCACUUUACAACCCGGUGUUUUAUUUUUAAGUUUACUUCGAAGUUCAUUUGCUAUCAUCUUCUGUACCCCAAGCGCCCUUUAGGAACAGACGUUGGCGCGUAUCUUUAUAACCACUUUAUUAUGCCGCAACUAUAGUAUAGGUAUCGCUUUGCUGAUAGAUUGCUUUUUGUUUGUUUGUUCCUUUCACCUAGCUGCAGGCCUGGUUGAGUUGUCCGUAUAUUCUUUUAUUUAUUGUGAUGGCUGUGCUUUUUUUCCAGUCCUUGUGCUGUUGUUUCACUCGUACCCGCGCCUUUUGGUCCGAGCGAUUCUUGCUACUUCUGCUGUGCUUCUUGUUCGUUAUUCCUUUGGUUCCACCCCCCUGCUUGUUGUUAGCUAGCUGUUGUCAGGUGCCACACUGCAUGCAGUGCAGUAUGUAUAUAUUUUGUGCACCUUUUACUUUUAGGCACAACAAUCGAACUCGACGAUGCAUGCUGUUCUUGUGUUGCUUGGUUUCAAUCUGGGAGUAGUAAAAUACCCACUCCCUGAUUUCAA